CUGCAGCCGAAUUUGCCUGACUGGUCCACCGUCCAGGUGCAUGAAGGCACACCUUUUGUAAAUUUUAGUGAUUUCGUCUUUUUUUUGGUUCAGUGGGAAGACAUCUCUCUUGUUUCGUCAGGCGCUGCACUGGGCAGAAAGGAGAGGUCAAUGUGUGUUGUUUCGUUGCCCCCUCACCACUGGAGUCUCUGCCCCUCCUACCUCAGACUCUCGGCUCCGAGUCCAUCUGUCAGCCCGACUCACACGUCUUGAGGAGAAUACAUUUCAAUUCUAUUGUAAAAAACACUGUUUGAAAGAAGCUACAUUGGAACCCCUCUCUAAGCACAAGGACACCUCUCUAAAAAGGACACUUUUUCUUUCCCAUAGAACAGUUUCCUCCAUGUGAUCUAACCCCUGAAAUAAGGACACCUCACUAAUACGGACACUCUCUGUAGAUACCCAGCCAAUCUGACAGAGCUUCUCCACCUCCUCACUACGCUUCAUAUACCCCACUGCCAAGACGAAACUACUCCAUAUGACUCCAUUAUAGUCGAUGACGUACACAAGUUUGUAUCCAACCAAGCCACUGGGAAAGGAGCCAGUAUGACUGCCGAGUUAGCCCAGCUCUGUGCCUAUAUCGUUGAUGCAGCAAAGUACUUGAAUCAACAGAGAGAGAAAGAAAUCACAGGGGCAGUAUCAUCUUUCGCAUCGUCGGGUGUAGCUCUCUCAUUCUCAACUCACAUGCGAAACGCAGAUAUGAUGGUAGAGAUCGCUAGAAGAUGGAUGUCAGACGUUUUCCUCAUAUCUACACACAGUGAAGGUUGGUUCACAGUCUCUGAAGAUCAAUCAGGUACCAAAUGCUUGCACUAUCAACUCGCCUACCCAUAUCUCCAAAUAAAGCCCACCCAUAUCUCCAAAUAACGCCCACCACAUAAAACUGAAAGCAAAAUUGAGCUUACUCAGCAGUUUGCGGCCUAAAAUUUCUGUAUCAUGCUUCCGCAAAUUAUUGUAACACUUGCUACUCAUCCUGAUUUUGUUCACACCAUAAUUGUACAUGAGUGCCAUAAAAAAAAAAUGUUUGAGACACUGAUACUAUUGGUCGGAGACACAAAAAGUAGUGAUUGAACAACAAAGACAGUUUUGUAGAGAAGCUAUGCAUAAUAUACAUGGAAUAUGCCGGAAGAAAG